AUGUAUGAGUUUAUUAACAAAUACAAAAAUAAAUAUGUCAAUUACGAAGACUUGAAGGACAAGGCAGUUUUUAUAAGAAAAAAUGAUAAAACCUAUUUCGGUGAGGUACUUAAUUAACGGAAACACGGAAAGGGGAUUAUAGCUGGUGGGAAUUACUUCUACGCUGGAGACUUUCAGAAUGAUACUAAACAUGGAAUUGGAUAUGAAAGAAAUUAGGAUGGAACAUCUUAUGAUGGAGAAUUCGUAAAUGAUUAGCAUCAAGGCUUUGGAACCUACUGGUAUGCUGAUGGUAGCUAUUACGAAGGGAAUUGGUGUAAUUCAUUGAAACAUGGAGAGGGACUCUAUAGGAAGGGGGAUGACAUUGAGUAUUAUGGGGAUUGGAAGUUUGGCUAAGUGGAUGGGAAAGGAUACUUGAAGACUAAAAAAUCAAAAUAUGAAGGAGAGUUCAAGAAUGGUUAAAAGAAUGGAUUUGGUAUUGAAACGUUUAAUGAUGGAAUUUGUUAUCGCGGAUAAUAUGUAAAUGGAAAGGCUGAAGGAUAAGGGCUACUGAUUGGAGAUGGUUUCAAGUACGAAGGAGAAUUCAAAAAUGGACUCAAACACGGUAAUGGCAAAUUGAUAGUUGAUAAUGUUGAAUUUGAAGGUUCCUUUUUAAACGAUCAGAAAAAUGGAUACGGAGAAAUGAAAUGGCCAAGUGGCAGUCAUUUCAAAGGAUAUUUUCUAAAUGAUGUGAGACAAGGGUAUGGGCAGAUGUUUUGGCAAGACGGAUCCUUCUAUAAGGGUCAAUGGCAUAAUGGAAAACAACAAGGACAUGGAAGACUCUUUAAUAAUCAUCGAUUGAUUAGCACUACUUUCAAUACCAACAAACAAAAUAUCGAAGAGCCCAACAUACCAUAAUUAUCUACCAUUUAAUCUUCGAAUAUUAGGUAAAAUAUCACUCGAUCCAGAAUAUCAACUAGAUCCAGAAUUUCUACUUCUUGUUCGUCUCCAAAAAAAAAGUUUUGCUAAAGAAACUCCACUGUUUAAAACAAUUGA